AGUCAUAAUGUCAUUUCACUUCCCCAUUUCACACAGUUUUCUCUUUAAUUUUUCACUCUUGGUUUCAGCUGCAUUGUCUGAGGAAAAUGUGACAAGAAAAGUAGGAAUUCUUUUUUUAAACAAAAUUUAGUGUGAUGAUAACUGACAGUGCUGCAGUAGGAUUAACAAAGAUAGCAGAGAAUUUGAUAAAUAGCAGAACUUUCCCCGAAGACAUGUGACUGAUGAUGACUGUGCUGAAUUUGCUUCCUUUUUCUCCCAAAUGAAGUUUUAUACCAUCGAAUACUGAGCAAAAAAAGUAACUAUGUUUGGACUCCUUUUUUUCAUUUUAUUCACCCCUGGAGUCAGUGAAUUCAUUUGUACAUCAUCAGAUCUUGAAAUGUCAUAUACUUUUUGUGAUUCUACAGCUCAUGCUUUCAUGUUUAAUCUGACACCUUGCAGCACUAUGAACAAAUCUGCCUGGAAGGCUGCUCUUACCUGGAUUCCGAGAAGUGACAUCCACUUUUUGAAGAUUGUCUUCAAUGUCUGGUAUGAUGGUGCCAAAGCACUCCUCUGGAAAGAACUCCUCUGCAGCGGAGCUGACGAUGAAUACUCAGUGUGCGGAACGCUGAAAGGAGAAACACUUGCAUCAGCAUUUGACAUUAAAGGCUCAAGAACAGCAUUUCCAAAGGUACUUUUCAACAUUUUGUAUAAUAGUAAAAUCACAUAUUUACAGGUAUAUAUUUUUUUUUCUGAAGAGAGAUGUUCACCCAAACUGUAGAAAACAGAAGAGGAAAUGUCAGAAAACUUUCUUAUAAUAGAAUUGAUGACAAUAAAAUGGUAGCACCUCUGAAAUGCUAGAUGUUCUAAGGUUAUUAUUACUCUACCAUUCUUCCCUUAUUUUAUAAAAGAAAAGACCAAAGUAAUCAGUUAAUUUCACCUUAA